CCUUCGUCGCGGAAGGACGUUCUUUUUGAGCCGCGUUCAUCGGCGUCGCGACGAUAACGCCAUCGUUGACAUUGUGCGACGAGAGCGCGGACAAGAACACGACUCGAAUACGAUAAACCGAGGGGAAAGAAAGCUUUUAGUUACUAGCUCGUUAUCGUACUCGAUAUUUGGAAAUAACUCUCGUGGAAAUCGAUCGAAGUCGUUCAACGUUAAAGUCGUCUAACCAGUGUCGGCACACGAUAUCACGAAAAUUUCUCUGUCUCUUUCUCUCCCCUUCUCUUUCUAUCGCUUGUGUUUCCCUUGAAAGAGCAUAGUUACCGGCUUAUCUCGAGUGUCGGAUAAGUGUCCUUGCUGAAUUCCUGGAAUCGUUUUCAUCAACCGCCACAGGUGGACUCAUUGAGGAUUUUCGCUUUUGUGGAUACUCUCUCCUUGCCUGCCACUGAUGUGUUAUGUUAAAUCGUUUCCCCGCUGACGUCGUUCCAAGGUCGUUCCGAAGGGCCAGCGAGAGGAGGCGUUAUAGCUGGGAUCAGGAUGACUAUGGACGUGAGUAAGUCGGAAACGAAUAAAAACGGUUCGACGCAGCAGGAAUGCGCCGGUUGUGGGAAAACCAUCACGGAAAGGUAUCUUCUGAAAGCCCUGGACCUUUACUGGCACGAGGACUGUCUCAAGUGCGCAUGCUGCGACUGUAGGUUAGGCGAGGUCGGUUCUACGCUCUAUACGAAGGCCAACCUUAUCCUCUGCAAGAGGGACUACCUCAGGCUCUUCGGGAAUACAGGAUAUUGCGCGGCCUGCAACAAGUCUAUACCGGCCUUCGAAAUGGUCAUGCGAGCCAGGACGAACGUCUAUCAUCUUGAUUGUUUCGCCUGUCAACAGUGUACGCACCGGUUUUGCGUCGGCGAUCGGUUUUACCUGUGCGAGAAUAAAAUCCUUUGCGAGUACGAUUACGAAGCGAGGUUCGCCAAUAUGGCGCCGCAGUCGCCAGCAUCCCUCGCUUAUAUAAAAAGGCAACUACCACCAACGGCGACGCCACCUGGACAGAACGUUCAUCCUGGUCACAAUCCUCUACAGGGACACCAGGGAAUAGGACAGAUGGUGGGCCCUCAUAAUCACGCGACGAACGGUCAGAUGUCAGGUGGAGGAGGUCCUACGGUGAACGGAACUGCCAUAGGCGUAGGUGGGCCUCGUGCACCCGGUGACAUGAAUAACAACGGCCUCUCUGGGCCAGGCGGUUUGGGCUCGGUGAAACCAUUGCCGAUGACGAUGCAGGCACCGACGAGCUGAGACGAGGCCUUGCCACCCCUGAAGAAGCUCAGAUGUCUCAGCGGUUAUUAAUCGGCCGAAAUCGUGUCGAGUGUUGCGCGGCUAAACUUCGUUGGCUAAAACUUCCGUCAAUUGAAACGGGGAAAAAUAUCUAAACCGGACGGAGGGAUGAUUUUUCUUUUGUCACGUAAAGGAACUCGACGACAAAAAUUACGAGAGAGAGAGAGAGAGAGAGAGGGAGAAAGAGAGAGGGAGAAAAUCGAAGUGUGACAAUGACGAUGACAAAGAUGAUUCUUGGGAAUCAUAUUGUAAAUUAACGGUGCUCGUGGUACACCAUAAACGGACAGUCUGUGUAAGAUAUGUUUCUAAUGAUAAGUAAAGAAAAAAGAAGAAGGAAUGAGUGAUAUGUGCGAAAGAAAGAGAGAGAGAGAGAGAGAGAGAGAGAGAAUGGUGGAGUCGACCUGUAAAUAUCCUCACUAAUAUAUCGACUCCACGAGUGGACGCCUGAGGUUAUACGAGUAUACGUCUAACGAUUAAGGUCUUUCUAUGAUUAUUAUUACUUCGUUAAACCGGUUAACGUAAUUCGCUCUCGUUGUUUUUUAUCCUUCCAAUUAGCCGAUUGUUCGAGCGAGAAAGAGACGGCGACAUUGAGGUAGAGGGAUGAUAAUAAAGAAGAGGGAGAGAAAGAAGAAGAACGAGAAGAAGAAGAAGAAAAAGUAGGAAGAGUACAGAAGUAGAUAAAGUCAAACGAUUCCUGUGUUCUUUUUCGUCCUCUCACAUUUCCUUCUUCUUCUUCUUCUUCUUCUUCUUCUUCUUCGUCUUUACGUCUCGUUGAAUAAAUUUAGGGAAUCUUGCCAUUUUAGUACGCGAGGACUUUCUCACGUUCUCGACGUUUUUUAUUUUUUAUUCUUUUUUUUUUUCUUUUCUUUUCUUUUUUUUCCUCCCCAGACAGAGAACGCAGGAAGAGUAUUAUAAUUGAUAAUGCCUUUAAAGGGAGUUCGCGAACUCGAGUUCCAUACAGCCGAUACCAAAGAUUAACGACGUAUGAUUAAUUAUGGAAAGGAAAACAAAAGGAAAAAAAAAGGAAGCGGAAACGAGUCGCACGAUUUUCGAAUGUUCCCGUGUAUUUUCUUUUUUUUUUCUUUCUUUUCUUUCCCCUUUUUUUUUUUGUUAACCUCCGGUCGGAGCUUUAAAUUUUCAAACCAAAGACGGAAAAAGAAACGAAGACGAAGGAGAUGAGAGAGCAGUACGCAUCCACGCCAAAGGAUCAAAAAGGUGAUCCGCUUUAACAGUGACGAUCGAGGAGGACCGACGCGCUCGUACCUGUAAAUAUACUACGUAUAAUUGAAGAAGCAAAGUGCGACAAUAUUAUUUCUUUUUUGUUCUUAUUUAAGAAAAAAAAAAAAUGAAAAGAAAA